AUGGAAACAUUAUCAUUGUCAGACGAAGAUGUACAAUUGAAGAAACAAUUCAAUGAUAAUGCUAGUAAUAUUUUAUUUGAAAAAGCUAUACGACAACAUGAAGAGAUUCGUAAAUUACAAAAUACAUUUCCUAAUUUACAUUUAAAAUGUACAUGUGAUUGUCGACCACCAUUAAUUAAGAUUAAAAAUUCUGAAAUGAAUAUUAAUGCAAAAAUCACCGUAGCUGAUAUCAGUGAUUGUUCUAUGCCAUGUUAUACACCAUAUUAUACAAUGGAUUCAUCAUCAUAUAAUUUCACAACAUUUUGGCUUGGUCUCUGGUCAAUAUGCUGUGCUUUAUCCACACUCAUUACCAUAUUGACAUUUCUCAUUGAUUCUUAUCGUUUUCAAUAUCCAGAAUUACCAUUGAUUUAUUUGACCAUUUGUUAUUUUAUGAUAUCCAUUGGUUAUUUGAUACGUGUCAUUAUGGGACAUCAAGCGAUUGCCUGUGACAGUUUAUCCAAUCCAUAUGAUGUAAUCAAUACUCAUACUAGUAAUGGUAUUAUUAAUAAUAAUAAUAAUGAUAACAAUAAUAAUUGGUAUAAUUUUGAUAAAACCAAUGAACAUUUACAAACAGUCACACGUUUACCCGGUACAACAACCAUAACCCCUAAAGAUAUAACCAUGAAAAUAUUACCAACACUAACUGCUACUACUGUUGCCGCUGUUACUACUACUACUACUACAACUGCUACAACUACUAGUACUAGUACUAGUAGUAAUAUUAUCAUUUCAGAUCUGUUUAAAUCAAUCAAUCAUCAAUUGAUACGUUCAAAAGUAUUACGUUAUGCUAUAACUGGAAGAAUUAGUUGUGCUGCGGUAUUUUUAUUAAUUUAUUUUUUCAGUAUGUCAGCAUCAAUUUGGCGGGUGAUAUUAUCAUUGACUUGUUUACUAGGUGCCGGUUUCAAAUGGGGCAGUCAAUCAAUAUCGAAAUAUUCUCCGGUUUUUCAUUUUAUUGCCUGGUCAUUACCAGCUAGUCAAACAGCUUUAGCCUUGUUAUUAUCCGUUGUGGAAGGUGAUCCAAUUAGUGGUCUGUGUACAAUAACAUCAAAUAAAUCUAGAGCAUUUCUGUUCUUAAUAUUUACACCGUUAUUGAUUUAUUUAUCGAUCGGCAUCAUCUUAAUGAUCAUUGGAUUCAUUGCGUUGUUUCGUAUACGUGGUACAAUUAAGCUACAACGACCGAAUUUUGUUGAAACACAAAAAUUAGACAAAUUAAUUAUACGUAUCGGUGUAUUUGGCAUGUUAUAUGCCAUACCGAAUUUGAUUAUCUUAUUCUCCAUUGGUUAUGAACUACGUGAUACACAUUUAUGGCAAUUAGGUGUUGCAUGUCAUUGUUAUUAUGAUAUUGGUGAAUAUAAACAACAAGAGAAUAGCAAUGACUUCGAACCAAUUCUACCAGUUGCAUUGCCAGCAUGGAAUCCACCUAAACCAGAAUAUGCUGUAUUCAUGUUGAAACAUUUUAUGUCGUUGAUUAUUGGUAUUACUUCAGGAUUUUGGAUAUGGUCCAACAAAACCAUUGAAUCAUGGCGACGAUUUUGUUUUAAUAGUAAAUGUUUCUUAUUCAAAUUUAAUAAACAUCAUAGUGGUAGUGGUUUAUUGGUGAAUCCAAUUGGUAUUGAUCAAGAGAUUGGUUGUCAAAAAAGACCUCUUGAACAUUGGAUACAUAUUCCACCGACAGUGUCAAUGCAGUCUGUUUCAAAACUCAAUGAUACACGUAUUAAAUCGAUGCUUAAACCAAUACAGAAAUAUCCAAUGUUCAUUGAUAACAAUGAACAAUGUCAGAAGAAUCUAAUCAAUACUACUGAUUUUAUUCCAUGUAGUUUGUCAUCAAAUCCUAUUAAUCCUCUGGUUACAUUAAGCAAUAGCCCAUCAACACCAUUUUCUGCACAUCCGUAUGAUGUGCCAAUUCAUGAUAGACAUUAUAAAUCAUCAUUUGGUGCAUAUUAUUCUAUUGAUGGUAGUACAAUAUCACAACAGUAUGGUGAUGUAAAUUCAUAUCAUACGAACAAUAGUUUUAGUGAUCAUAAUAAUACUACUAACAAUAACCAUCAUAGUAGUAAUGGUGUGGUUGACAAAAAAUUCUGUAUAUCCAAUACAAAAAGUUUUACAGCACAAUCAUCUUCUGGUCAUUCAAUGAAUUUAGGUUUUUCUACGCUGAGUAGUAGUUUGAAUAGUCCGCAUAAAUCUUCAAUACCUCAAUUAAAUAAUAAUAAUCAUUUAAACAAUACUAGUAAUACGAAUAAUAAUCAUAAUAACAAUAAUGGUAGUUCUAUCAGCACAGGCAUUUCAAGCAGUGGUAUUGGCAGUGAUGGUUUACCAAGAACUACAUCUACACUAACUGGAUGUGAAUUCAACUCGAAUUCUUCUAUAUCACCGAAAUUUAUUGAUCAUUAUUUGAAUGGAGAUCAACGUAGUUAUGGGUUGAUUGGAACACCAAUGAUCACAAUGACGACAACAACUACUACUGCUAGUACGACAACAAUACUUCCAAUUGUAAAAUAUGAUCGUUAUAUGAAUGAGAAUAAUAUGAGACGAGAUAAUCAUUGUAUUGCUGGUGCUUAUAAUAAUACUAAUAAUAAUAAUAAUAAUCAAUUUUUUUACAAAUAUGAUUCAUGA